GAGGUAUUCGAAGGAAGAGACAAUAAAAUGCAGUUGAAGGUUCGUUUGAUUAAUGUUUGCAUUCGACAUAAAUGCACGAACGUGAAGGACGGUAUACGAAUUUCCAAGAAGAGUCAGUGGAAAAAAGUACGUUUAAAAACCGUACAAGAUGUGAAAUUUCACCGAGAGGAUUCAAUCUCUAAAAAUGCCGCACAAUCCGCACUGAACUCUAUUUAUAAUACACCUGCAAUACCAGAAAAUUUCGAGAUGGGUUUUUGCAAAUUAUUCAAAGGAGCAUCAAACGAAUCAGAUAGUAAUGUUUUAAAAGAAUCGCAAGUGGACGAGAGAGUGAAUGCAGAUAUAGAAUUGAAAAUUCAUGAUGUAAAUACGCAAAUGAUUGAAUCACAUCAGCGAUUAAUUCAAAAUGAUGUUCAAGAAUUAGAAGAACCGAAAAAUAUCACGGAUAUAGAUACAGGCACUAAUUUGAGAAAGGAUACUGUCAGAGUUAAUGAAAUAAAUAUGCAAAUGCUACCCAAAUUAUUGCAUAAACAAUUGUUCAGGGAAGAUGAUAAACAGGAACAUCUCUCUGAAAAGGAAAUCAAUAAUAUCAAAAAGAAUUUAAGCACAUAUGGCAUAAAUGUAGAGGAUGCAACCAGAUUACCGGAUGUAAACUUGAAGCUGCCAAUUUUGGAAGGAAAAGAUAUAGAGGAACAUUUUUACAAUAUUGGAAAAGUACAAGUUAAACCAUAUUUAAAAAUCAUAAAUGAAAUUAUCAAGGACAUUCCUGAGAUGCCAAAACAAUGGCUCUUCAGAGAAGGUUGGACCAGAUAUACAGCAGAUGGUAAGAUGGAAAGUGUAGAUUAUCCAUUGGAAGAUGGAAUAGUUUUUGAUGUUGAGGUUUGUAUGAAACAGGGUCCUUUGCCUACUCUCGCCACUGCAGUCAGUAAUAAAGCUUGGUAUGGUUGGGUAUCAAAUUCUUUGGCGCAAGAUAUCAAUCAAAUAUUUGACACGCAAUUAUUCAUGCCAAAUAUGCUUAUUUCUAUAGAAAGUAACAAAGACGAAUAUGGACAUAAAUUGAAUCAACAUCAGAAAAAACCAAAAAUUAUUGUAGGUCAUAAUGUAUCAUAUGACAGAAGCAGAAUUAAAGAGCAAUAUUGGAUGAACUGUACAGGAAGUCGUUUUCUCGAUACUAUGUCGUUACAUAUAUGUGUCAGCGGUCUUAAUAGCUAUCAAAGAUCAUUGUUAUUAUCUAAAAAAAAACCAGACUUAGAGAAGGAUAACUGGCAAUCCAAUACAUCGUUAAACAGCUUGAUAGAAGUGCAUAAGUUAUAUUGUGGCUCUGAAAUAAGUAAGGAAUCGAGAGAUAUAUUUGUCGAAGGUACUAUCGAAGAUGUUAAAAAUAAUUUUAACAUGUUGAUGACUUAUUGUGCUUCUGAUGCUGUUGCCACUCAUAAUGUUCUACGCAAUUUAUUUCCACUUUUCCAAGAGAGAUUUCCUCAUCCAGUUACUCUAGCUGGGAUGUUAGAACUUGGCUCUGCAUAUUUACCAGUGAAUUCUAAUUGGCAGAGAUACUUGGAGGAAUCAGAAUCCACUUUUGAUGAUUUAAAUUAUGAAGCAAAGUUUACUCUCGCUAAGAGAGCCGACACCGUUUGCCAUCUCAUGCAUGAUGAAAAGUAUAAACAAGACUUAUGGAUGUGGGAUCAAGAUUGGAGUACGCAAGAAAUUAAGAUGAAAGCUAAAAUGCCAAAAAAAGUAAAACUUGACAAUAUAGAGACAAAGGAUAUGGAAAAACUAUCAGACAAAAAAUAUUUAUCAGAUGAUGAAGAAGAAGAGCAGGAUCCUCUCGCAAAGGAAUUUGCUUAUUUAGAGGAGACUAGAUAUUUGUUACCUGUUAGAAUGCCUCAUAUGCCAGGAUAUCCAGCCUGGUAUAGAAAACUCUGUCCCAAACCAAACGAUGAAGAUUGGAUGCCGGGUCCGCAAAACAUCAGCACUUCCAUGCAAGUAGUUCCAAAGUUGUUAAAUUUGACAUGGGAAAAGUAUCCGUUGCAUUACAUAAGGGAACAUGGUUGGGGAAUUCUGGUACCUUACAACAAUGAUCUCGAUAUUGAAACUAAACUACCAUUAAAAAAUCUUUUAGCAUACUGCCCUUUGCCAACAUCCAAGAGCUCUAGAGAUAUUUCCGAGGACGCGAUGUCUACCUUGAGAACAGACGUGCAAAAUGAUCUUCACAAAACGGAAUUCUGGCAGUUUAAGAAGAAGCAGAACGGACCGGAUGAUAAGAUAUACAAAGGCACUGGCGUGUGGUGCAACGUUGAUAUUGACAACUGCUGCUACUUCUUCAAACUACCACAUAAGGACGGUGUUAGUCGUAAUGUUGGUAAUCCUCUCGCCAAGGAUUUUCUUAAUAAGUUUUCCGAGAAUGUACUUGCUGGCUUGAACGUUAGCGCUGCGGAGGUGCUAAAAAUCGCCCGUAUGUUGUCCUAUUGGCGAAACAAUCGCGAUAGAAUCAUGUCGCAGCUAGUGAUAUGGUUAGACGAUCAUUCUCUGCCUGGCAGUAUCAAGAGAAUUAAGAAACAUAUGCGUUAUGGCGCGAUAAUACCUCAAGUAGUCGUUUCCGGUACUUUAACACGACGUGCUGUGGAACCUACAUGGAUGACAGCAUCAAACGCGCAUAUCGAACGAAUUGGUUCCGAAUUGAGAUGCAUGGUUCAAGCGCCGCCAGGAUAUAAUAUCGUCGGCGCCGACGUGGACAGUCAAGAGUUAUGGAUUGCUUCAAUCAUUGGAGACGCUCAUUAUAAAAGUAUUCACGGAGCAACUCCUUUCGGAUGGAUGACUUUGAUUGGCACUAAAUCCAACGGUACAGACAUGCACAGCGUUACUGCUAAGGCUAUCGGCAUCUCACGCGACCACGCCAAAGUCAUCAACUACGCACGGAUUUACGGCGCCGGUCAGAAAUUCGCUGAACGUCUGUUGAAGCAGUUCAAUCCAUCCAUGACCGAUGCCGAGGCUACUUCUAAAUCGCGCAAGAUGUUCGCCUUGACCAAGGGUAAAAAGGUGUUUCGACUGAAGGCUGAAUUUAUCAACAAUGACCUGGAAGAUAAGCUUUACACAUCCUAUCAAGCAUAUCAAAUGGCAAAGUUGCAUGGAAAAACGUUACAAGACAUGUUCCAGAAGUCCGAAUGGAUGGAUGGCUCGGAAUCGGCCAUGUUCAACCGAUUGGAGGAGAUUGCUGGCAGUAAGCAUCCAGUCACGCCGUUUCUCAAUGCCAGAUUGAGUCGCGCUUUAGAAAUCACUGAUACUGACGACGACGAUAAGUUCUUGCCCACCAAGAUUAAUUGGGUUGUGCAGAGCGGGGCAGUGGACUUUCUUCAUCUGAUGUUGGUCUGUAUGAGAUGGUUGAUGAGAGAUAACGCGAGAUUCUGUUUGUCGUUUCACGACGAAGUGAGAUAUCUGGUCCCAUCUAGAUACAAAUACAACGCCGCACUGGCAAUGCACGUGACCAACUUGUUGACGAGAUCGUUCUGCGCUUCUCGACUAGGCAUGAAAGAUCUACCGAUGUCGGUAGCGUUCUUUGCCGCUGUGGAAGUCGAUACCGUUCUUCGCAAAGAGUCUGCUCACGAUUGUAAAACUCCGUCGAAUCCUCAUGGUUUGCAGAACGGAUAUGAAGUAUCACCUGGCGAAAGUUUAGACGUAUGGGCUGCCUUGGAAAAAUCCGGUGGCUCGCUAGGCUGGUGGCAUGAUGCGAAAAAUCGCAAACUUAAGUCAACAGAAGAUUCAAUCGAAAACUCGCCACAAUCUCAUAAAGCUAUUUAAAAUUAUGAAAUCAAUUUUGUAUCGCAAUUUUGGAUCUUAAGAAUGCGAAAACUAUGCUUUAAAAAAGAAAAAGUUUAUGAAAAGGAAAAAAUGAGAGUAAAAAUUAUGAUAUUCUUUUAAUUCAGUUUUUUUCAGAGCACAAUGUCAUC